UUUGUGUGUCAAGAUUUAAGCGAAAUCCGCCUUUUAAAGCUGCUCUUCUGCUAGGGUUUAAGGCAGGAAAGAAAGGAAGUCGCCGAUCUAGUAAAAUGUCAUCGAUCUGCCGUUCAGUCGUGUCCGGCGCCAGAUUCAUCGCCGUUCGAUCAAAAACCAUGCUCCCCAAGUCCUCACCUUCGAGAAGAGCUGCCAUUUUAGCAUCCAGGCCUCUCGCAUCGGCUUUGGGAGGUCUGGUGUCACUGAGGCCUUUCCAUAGCGCCACCGCGUCGGCCCGUCUGAUAUCGAACAUAGCCGUUCACAGUUCCUGCUGGAGCUGGGUUUCUCAAGAUUUUGCAUUCCCCCGGUGAAGAUGGCAGUGCUGCUAUUAUGCCUGCAAAUGCCUGCGUUGAAGAUGUCAGAGAGGUAAAAUUGUGUUCUAUACAUCAUUUUUUUUGCUAUUAUGUUUACUUCAAUUAGAGGCACAAUGAGAUCUAGUUUGCUGAGGAAAAUUUUGCUAUUAUGUAACCCAAUGUUUUAAAAGCUUGAAGGAAGAAAAGGUUGGGGAUUUACAUGCAUA